GCAUUGCUCUCAGAUGGAAAGAACGCACAGCUAUAGUAACGGCUCAUAUAUGCAUCUCUUUUGCGCGCACGCCGUGCCGCAGACAGCGUCUUGGUUACAUCAAGUGAUGUGCAGUUUAUUUGCGGCGGCAGUGCCUGCAAGUUCCGUCUGAAGCUUUUUUUAUGUUCGAUCCAAAGCGCAGGACUGUUUGGUUAGCUGCCUGUGCGUGUAGUUGUCGUGUGUGUGCCUCUGGCCUGUGCCAGUGUAUGUGUUUGUGUGUGUAAUGUGUAAAGUGUAACACAAAGUCUUCAUCGACUUGCGUUUGUCAAGUUUUUUCGUCCAACUGCAUUUUGUGCAAUAAUAUAGAAUAAUACAAUUCAUAAUUGUUAAAAAGAAGCUGGAAGCAAAAAGCAAUAACCGGCCAUUGCGAAAUCAUUGUACAGCCUUUGGCUACCCAACUAAAUGUCCGGUUGCCACAUUUGUGCCAUGCGGACGGCGUGUCACAUCCGACAAAUGCGUAUUGUUGUUCAUCUUGUGUAAUAUAAUUAUGGCCGAGCGGUCGUUACAAAAGUAUCAAAAAUUGGAUAUAGUGACGGUUGGAAGCAGCUCAGGAAGCAGUGCUAGCAGGGCAUCAACAGGACUCCUUAGGCGGGGGGCACUUGGGUCGAAAGGGAGCCCAUCGCUUAGCUGAUAGAAUGGGUGGCCCGAAAAAAGAGGAAAACCCACCAGGUGGUGGUCCGACGUCAUUGUUUAUCCUAACCGAGGAUAACCCAAUUAGAAAGUACACACGAUUCAUCAUUGAAUGGCCGCCCUUUGAGUACGCUGUGUUAUUGACAAUCAUAGCCAACUGUGUUGUGUUGGCAUUAGAAGAGCAUUUGCCAGAGGGCGACAAGACAGUAUUGGCUCAAAAAUUGGAAAAAACGGAGGCCUAUUUUUUAUGCAUUUUCUGUGUAGAAGCAUCGCUCAAGAUCCUUGCCUUAGGGCUUGUUCUGCAUAAACACUCCUAUCUCAGGAAUAUUUGGAACAUCAUGGAUUUUUUCGUUGUAGUGACGGGAUUCAUGACACAGUACCCACAAAUGGGGCCCGAGGUAGAUCUAAGAACACUUAGAGCCAUUCGUGUGCUACGGCCCUUAAAAUUAGUGUCUGGAAUUCCUAGUUUACAAGUAGUUUUAAAAUCUAUAAUCAAGGCGAUGGCACCUUUACUGCAAAUCGGACUCUUGGUGUUGUUUGCAAUCGUAAUAUUUGCAAUCAUUGGACUCGAGUUUUAUUCGGGCGCACUGCAUAAGACUUGUUAUAGCUUAGAAGAUCCAAACAAACUAGUGAAGGAAGGUGAAUCGGAGACACCCUGCAACACAGAUAACACCACAGAGAAAGCGGGUGGUUCCUAUGUGUGUAAUAUUACGACGAGUAUGUGUCUGGAGAAGUGGGAUGGACCAAAUUCAGGCAUAACAAGCUUUGAUAAUAUUGGCUUCGCCAUGUUGACGGUAUUCCAGUGUAUUACAAUGGAGGGCUGGACGGCAAUACUAUAUUGGACCAACGACGCAUUAGGUUCAUCAUUUAAUUGGAUAUAUUUCGUGCCUCUUAUAGUUAUAGGCUCAUUUUUUAUGCUCAACUUAGUUCUUGGUGUCUUGAGUGGUGAAUUCGCAAAAGAACGAGAAAAAGUAGAAAAUAGACAAGAAUUUCUUAAACUUAGAAGGCAGCAGCAACUAGAAAGAGAAUUAAACGGCUAUGUUGAAUGGAUUUGUAAAGCUGAGGAAGUUAUAUUAGCCGAAGAACGAACAACAGAGGAGGAGAAAAUGCAUAUUAUGGAAGCCCGCAGGCGAAAUGCAGCUAAACGGAAAAAGCUGAAAAGCUUAGGAAAGUCAAAGUCAACAGACACUGAAGAAGAAGAAGCCGAAGAGGAUUACGGCGAUGAUGGUUAUCUAAAAACUCGUUCGAAACCCCAAGGCAGCUGUACAGGAUUUUGGCGAGCCGAGAAAAGGUUCCGUUUCUGGAUACGGCACACAGUGAAGACGCAGUGGUUCUAUUGGUUCGUGAUAGUGCUCGUCUUUCUCAACACUGUUUGCGUCGCUGUCGAGCACUACGGACAGCCGACAUUCCUCACGGAGUUUCUGUACUAUGCGGAAUUCAUCUUCCUGGGGCUGUUCAUGUCGGAAAUGUUCAUCAAGAUGUAUGCGCUGGGUCCACGCAUUUACUUCGAGUCGUCGUUCAAUCGUUUUGAUUGUGUCGUCAUUAGUGGUUCGAUAUUCGAGGUGAUCUGGUCUGAAGUUAAGGGCGGCUCGUUCGGUCUGUCUGUGUUGCGUGCCCUCCGGCUGUUGCGCAUCUUCAAAGUGACCAAAUACUGGUCCUCCCUACGUAAUCUAGUUAUAUCAUUGCUGAAUUCGAUGAGAUCCAUCAUCUCACUGUUGUUCCUGCUCUUCUUGUUCAUACUGAUAUUUGCACUGCUUGGCAUGCAACUGUUCGGUGGGCAGUUCAAUUUGCCAGGAGGCACGCCCGAAACAAACUUUAACACAUUUCCCAUAGCACUCUUAACAGUGUUCCAAAUCCUAACCGGCGAAGAUUGGAAUGAAGUUAUGUAUCAGGGUAUUAUAUCGCAAGGUGGUGCAAAGAAAGGAAUGAUUUACUCUAUAUACUUUAUCGUUUUGGUACUCUUCGGUAAUUAUACGCUUUUAAAUGUGUUCUUGGCUAUCGCCGUCGAUAAUUUGGCGAAUGCUCAAGAACUGACAGCAGCCGAAGAGGAACAAGUCGAAGAAGAUAAAGAGAAACAGCUCCAAGAACUAGAAAAAGAAAUGGAAGCCCUUCAAGGCGACGGUGUCCACCUGGAGAACGGCGAUGGUACCGUGGCCACCAGCAAGGGCAAAGGCAAAAAGAAGGAGGAAGAGAAGAAGGAGGAGGAGGAAGUUACGGAAGGGCCAAAGCCAAUGUUGCCAUACUCUUCGAUGUUCAUACUAUCACCAACAAAUCCCAUACGACGUGGCGCCCAUUGGGUGGUUAAUUUACCAUAUUUUGAUUUCUUCAUAAUGGUCGUCAUAUCAAUGUCAUCAAUAGCAUUAGCAGCCGAAGAUCCCGUUCGUGAGAACUCGAGGCGAAAUAAGAUCUUAAAUUACUUUGAUUAUGCAUUUACCGGCGUAUUCACGAUAGAAAUGUUGCUGAAAAUUGUAGACUUGGGUGUCAUCCUACAUCCUGGCAGCUAUUUAAGAGAAUUCUGGAAUAUUAUGGAUGCUGUGGUCGUUAUAUGCGCUGCUGUUAGUUUCGGUUUCGAUAUGAGCGGUAGCAGCGCUGGACAAAAUUUGUCCACUAUCAAAUCGCUUCGGGUGCUGCGCGUCCUGCGUCCAUUGAAGACUAUUAAACGUGUUCCCAAAUUGAAAGCCGUCUUCGAUUGCGUCGUGAACUCAUUAAAAAAUGUUGUUAACAUUCUAAUCGUGUACAUAUUGUUUCAAUUUAUAUUUUCUGUUAUUGGUGUACAAUUGUUCAAUGGAAAGUUUUUUUAUUGUACGGAUGAGAGUAAACAUACUUCCGAAGAGUGCCAGGGUUCGUAUUUCAAAUACGAGGAAGACGAACUGCUGCCCAAACAGGAGAUGCGCGUGUGGAAGCCACGCAGCUUCCACUACGACAAUGUCGCCGCUGCUAUGCUGACGCUGUUCGCCGUACAGACCGGCGAGGGAUGGCCACAGGUCUUGCAACACUCAAUGGCUGCCACUUAUGAAGAUAGGGGUCCAAUCCAAAAUUUCCGGAUCGAAAUGUCCAUCUUUUAUAUAGUAUAUUUUAUUGUAUUUCCAUUCUUCUUCGUCAACAUAUUCGUCGCCUUGAUUAUCAUAACAUUUCAAGAGCAAGGCGAAGCUGAAUUGCAAGAUGGUGAAAUUGACAAAAAUCAGAAAUCGUGCAUUGAUUUUACGAUCGGAGCUCGGCCACUUGAGCGAUAUAUGCCCAAAAAUCGAAAUACUUUCAAGUAUAAAGUGUGGCGCAUUGUUGUCUCUACACCAUUCGAAUACUUUAUAAUGAUGCUGAUUGUGUUCAAUACGCUGUUGUUAAUGAUGAAGUAUCAUAAUCAAAGCGAGAUGUACGAAAAGUCACUAAAAUACAUCAACAUGGGAUUCACAGGCAUGUUCAGUGUUGAAACUGUUCUAAAAAUAAUUGGAUUCGGUUUCAAGAACUUUUUCAAGGAUCCAUGGAACAUUUUUGAUCUAAUUACGGUAUUGGGCAGCAUUGUGGAUGCUCUCUGGAUGGAAUUCGGGCACGAUGAUUCGAACUCAAUCAACGUUGGCUUCCUGCGUUUGUUUCGUGCGGCGCGUCUUAUCAAAUUGCUUCGACAAGGAUACACAAUACGAAUUCUCCUGUGGACCUUUGUACAAUCAUUUAAAGCACUUCCAUAUGUUUGUUUGCUUAUUGCAAUGCUAUUUUUUAUAUACGCCAUUAUUGGCAUGCAGGUAUUCGGAAAUAUCAAACUAGGUACAGUGGAAAAUUCUAUUACUAGGCACAACAACUUCCAGUCAUUUGAACAAGGCGUCAUGUUGCUCUUCAGAUGUGCAACGGGCGAGGCGUGGCCAAACAUAAUGCUGGCCUGCCUGAAGGGAAAGGCCUGCGACGAUGAUGCCGAGAAGGGUGCCGGAGAGUACUGUGGCUCGACAUUGGCUUACGCCUAUUUCGUAUCGUUUAUAUUCUUUUGUUCAUUUCUAAUGUUGAAUCUGUUCGUGGCCGUCAUCAUGGAUAAUUUUGAUUAUCUAACGAGGGACUCCAGUAUAUUGGGUGCUCAUCACUUAGACGAAUUUGUGCGCAUAUGGGCGGAAUAUGAUCCAAAUGCGACUGGUAGAAUACAUUAUACGGAAAUGUAUGACAUGCUGAAAAAUAUGGAUCCGCCCUUGGGCUUCGGUAAUAAGUGUCCCAACCGGCUUGCCUACAAGAAACUAAUACGUAUGAAUAUGCCAUUGGACGAUGAAUUGAGAGUCCAAUUCACGACGACGCUGUUCGCUCUGAUUCGGGAGAAUCUUAGCAUUAAGAUGCGAGCGCCUGAGGAAAUGGACCAGGCGGACCUAGAGCUCAGGGAAACCAUCACGAACAUCUGGCCAUUGCAGGCAAAGAAAAUGCUGAAUCUGCUGGUUCCGCCCAUCGAUCAGUUGAACAAGGGCAAACUCUCAGUUGGUAAAAUCUAUGCAGGUUUUCUCAUAUUGGAGUCCUGGAGAAACACAAGAUUCGGCCAGAUUGAUUCAGGCAUGCCGAAUUGGAAGGAGCGGAAGAAGCCCGAAGAUGAUGAUGAUCGUAAAUAUAGCCCAACGGCCGUCGAGGAGCCGAAACAAUCAUUCUUUAAUUGCCUGCUCGAUAUGGCAGCCCUUGACAAAGGAGGAUCGCGUCAGGGCUCGAUAAGUUUUGAGCCAAAUGGGGAAGGAGGCGCCAACUCACAGACACAUUUGUUAGCAAGCACUUAUCACGCUAAUGGUGAUGUCGAACACAACAGUUUGGCAACACUAGCACGUCGGAGUACGAUCAGAAAGCGAUCAGUUAGAAACAAAAAGGUGAAUAAGUUUGAUAAACUCCAAGCGAUGCUGGAUCUGCAAGACUCGUCGAGACAUCCAUCGCAGGAGUCGCUGACCGGUCCCGAUGCUGGCCAUUUACAUCCUGGACAUUCGUAUAUCAAUGGCCAUCGGCAUUCGCCUAGCUCGAGACACAACGGUUCUCCUUUGGCCAGAUCGCCAAGUCCAAGACGACGCGGCCAUCAAUACAUACAUCAUGAUAUCGGAUUCUCCGAUACCGUAUCUAAUGUUGUAGAGAUGGUCAAGGAGACUCGGCAUCCUAGGCAUGGCAACAAUCAUCCACGGUAUCCAAGAGGUUCAUGGUCAGCAUCGACAAGUCCGGCCCGUUCGCCCUCGCCUUCUCGUUAUGGUGGUCAUUUGUCUCGCAGUAAACGCACUCAACUGCCUUAUCCCACAUAUGGGACAACAAGUUUAUGUCAAAGAUCACGAUCGCCGAGUCCCGCUCGACUUCAGGAGAUGCGUGAACGAGACAGACUUGGUUAUGGGAUUGAUAUGGGUGGCGCCCAUGUACAGCACAGCUACCCAACGUUGGCCUCUCGUCGUGCUGGCAUCGGACGACGCCUACCACCGACUCCGAGCAAACCGUCAACCCUUCAGCUAAAGCCAACCAAUAUUAAUUUUCCAAAGCUGAAUGCGAGUCCAACCCACACGCAUCACUCAACACCCCACAGUGUUCACUCGCUGCCGCAUCACCGCGACCUCUUGCGGGAUCCGAGAGACGUGUAUUAUAGUAGUAGAGAGCGAGAUCGUGAUCGGGAACGUUUCAGAGACCGGGAUCGGCUGCACGAGUACGACGUGCGCUACGAGUAUCGGGACCGGGAACGAGAGUUGUACGAGCGUGAACGGGAACGCGAGCGCGAAGUGGAAAGAGAAAGACUGGAAUAUAUAGCACCGUUGUCAUUUGAGCAAGCGCUGGCUAUGGGCCGAACGGGUCGUGUACUGCCAUCUCCAGUUCUAAAUGGUUUUAAGCCAAAGAGCGGACUUAAUACUCGACACUCCGAUUCGGAUGAGGAGGAUUGGUGCUAGCAAAGGCUUUGAUUGCGAUCGCGUAAUCCGAACGAACAGAUCUGGGUAUAGCAUCAGGCCAAUUGGUCAUCGUUAUCAGCACCAAACUUAGAUCACAAUUUUGAUACGAUACGAAACGAAUGUAUUCGAUAUACAGCAGCAGCUCCAGCAGGUAGCACAUCAGCAUAUGCUUUAAACCCAAAUCGACAGCCGCAAUCGCAACAAUUCUUAACAGAUCAACAACAGCAACAACAACAAGAACAAAAUCAACUACAACCAGACACAUGCUACGAGUACUCGCCUAGCGAUGCUUCACUGUUAACAAUGCCAGUUCCAAUGGCACUGUCCUUGCCCGGAACACGAACAACAUCGCCUCUAUCGGAUAUACUUGUAAGCAGGAAACUAAGAUCAGCAGCAGCAGCAGCAGCAGCAGCAACAGCAACAGCAACAGCAACAACAAUAGCAAUACCAAUGACACCAACUGAUCAAGCAAUGAUAUUACCAAUCUCAAUACCAGUCUCAGCUAUUCAGAGAGUUUAUUCAGAUAACGACAUCAACUAUAAUGCAGCCAGCUCAAGUUAUGGAUAUGCGUUAUCUGGCGAGACGAUCGAGCAACAUUAUUGCCAACAUAAUAAACCUAAUCAAGAUCACGAACAACUAACACCCGAAGACCAGCAACAACAUUCGUAUCACACACUUUAAAUGCAGAAGAAGCCCGCUUCAAAAUGUAAACAAGAUCUUCAAACCAAAGAACAAGCAAAAGUCAAAGAGAAAACAAUGCAAAACAUUUAAGUAAAUAUUUAACAAAAUGAAAACAAAAACAAAAAAUAUAUAAAUAAUGGAUUAACUCGAAUGUCAUAAAAUUAAAAGAUGUGAAACGUAUUGUAUGUAAGGCGUAAAAAUAUUUCGAAUACUUGUAGACAUAAUUAGCUCUAAGUAGGUAGUAUCUCUCUCUAUACACACAUGCAUACACUCACACAUACGCACACAAACACACGCGCACAUCUAUAUAUAUAAAACUACAUGUGUGUGUGUGUGUGUGUGUGUUAGUGUACGUAUGUGUUGGUAUGCUUGUAUACAUAUGUAGUUACACGCAUACAUCGUAAGUUAUUUAGUAUAUACUUAUAUAUAUAUACAUAUUUACAUACAUAACUCGAUGAUCUGUAAUCCAUUUGCAAGCGUUUUUGUCUUGUUUAUAUAUAUUUAAAGUUAAUAAUUCAAUUAUGUACAUUUAAAUGCCGAACUAUCUUUAUUAUUAUACGAUUGUGCAUAUUAUCAAAUAUUAUUGUAGAUAUCAAAUUUUUGUAUGUAAUGUAUUUAUCUACGACUACGACUACGAUUAUAUUAUAGCUAAAGCUAAAGCCCCAAUGCGGAUGAAUCGGAUAUUUAAUGCCUGAAAUACUGAUAUGUGCGCGUGCCUGUGUGUGUGUGUCUGUACAUGUGUGUAUAUGUGCGUGUGUGUGAUAGUCUCAAUUUUUUGCAACUGUAUGUGUAUGCGUGUGCGUGUGUGGGUGUGUGUGUAUGCGCGCAUAUAAGUGUCUUAAGAUCCAUUGUUAUUAUACUAAAGAUAAAGAUAAAUAUAAAGAUAAACUAAAACUAAAUUCAGCUAGAUUCAAUUCCAUGUGCAUACUAGUAAAAAAAAAAAAAAAUAUAUAUAUAUAUACAUACAUAUAUAUGGAAUGAGAAAUAUAGCUUAAGAUAUUUCCAAUUUAUGUUGCUGGUCUACAAAUAUUAUGGUUUGAUCGAUUUGUUGUCUUCCUUCCUUGCAUACAGAGAUAAAGCGAAUGCACUGUCAUAUAAUUAUGUCUAUGUUUCCUGUACAUAUGUAUAGCUAUUUCAAUUAUUCUCGGAUAUUCUAAAUGCCGUUCUUUUCUAUAUACAUAUAUCUAGAUACUUUUCCGAUUCAUAUAUACAACACAUCUAUAUGCUUACAAGAACAUUAAUGGAUAUGCAUGCAUACAUAUGUAUAUAGGUAUUUAGGUACAUAGACAGCCAUGACAUUAUUGAGCGAGUCUGACAAUAGAUUUUCCCUAGGAGCUAACCAAUAGCAACAACAGAUAUACAUACAUACAUAUAUAUAUAUAUAUAUAAAGAGCCUGCUGACAAAAUAUAGGAGAGCCAUCUAGUUCACAUAUAUAUACAUACAUAUGUAUAUAUAUACUAUAUAUAUAUACUCACUAGAAACAUUCCAAAUCAAAAACGAAAACCAAAUAAAACCAGUUAGCGUUUAGAUAGUUGAAAUCUGUGAAUCAACAUGUAGAUGUUUCGGUGGCGGGAUUCGGGGGAGGAUUGAAGAGCGCACAAAUAUUGUAAUUUAAAUAAAUGAAUCCAUAAGAAUAAGUUAAAAUUAAAACCGCUGAGCAUUACUGCGAAUUUACACAAUAUAUAU